GAAUGCUCAAGUGCAUUUCAUAUAAUCGUGAUGAUGUUGCUCGCUUGCUUGUUGGGUUUUUUCGCCCUGUCAUCGGCUCAAAUUAGGGAACAGGGAUCAUGUCCACAGCCGAAAGCCAUUUCCAACUUUGAUGAGAGCAAGUUGAUUGGCAGGUGGUUCGAGUGGGGUCGAGUCGAUAAUUUUUAUGAACAAGAUCAUGCUUGUGGAGUCAUUAGACAUUACAGGGGUAAUGAUGGAUACAUUGUGGAAAGCGUCAAUUCCAUUAUUCGAACGCCAGGAACUUGGACUUUCUGGGAGGGGAGAAUGAUUCCUAGAGAGGAAAGACCCACUGCUUUGUACCAUCUCACUUUUCCUGAUUAUGCUCUGGAUCCCGGAUUAAAUUCGACGUACGUAGCUGCUAAUUGGGACCACUGGGUGAUACUCCACAGCUGCAAAGAGGAAGGAAAUCAGUCGUUGCAGUUCGUGUGGGUGUGGGCGAGGAGAACAACUUUAAAUAAGAAAUAUCAACGGCAAAUCGCUCAGGCCCUUGAAAAGAUCAAUUUCUCAAUUCGAAAUCUUCUGAUAGUCGACCACAAGAAUUGUCCUAAUCAUAAAGUAACAUUGAAUGAAUUGCGAAAGAUGUUCGGGGUCCAGAGGUGUUAAUUGUCGCCAUUCAAUUAUUUAUUAACUAUUCUAUUGUUCUUCUUCUAUUGAAUUGAUAAUUAUACUCUUUCAAUUGUUAUUGCGAUAUUUUAUUGACAAAGCAUUAAAUCCUUUUCAUUGUUAUCCAAUCUCAUGUUCUAAAAUUGUUUUCAUGGAUAACAAUUUGUUGGAUAAGACAAAAUAAGGAUGCACAAAAAAAUAAAAAAUAUCUUGACUGUUUUGCUCUCUUAGUCUGUACAUCAGCUACUUGCAAUCAGUUGCCGCCAUUUUGAAAGGAUGAGGUACUAAGAAAGCUAUCAGUUAAAUCGUUCUUAUAUUUUCGCCAAUAAAUCAUACACGUGCUUAUUCAUUA